UUGUUUUUAGUUACCAUUUUUGUAGAUCGAGUGUCUUAAACAAUUUUUUAUUUUAUUUUAUUUUUAAUUCAUAUGGCUCUCUCUGUUUCCCCUUCUUUAUCAUUUACCCAAAAUUUCCCACGCUUCGUCACUUCCCAUUCGCUUCCUCUCUCUCAGUGUCAUCCAAUUUCCUUCCAAACACCACCACCAAAAAGCAUCCAUUACCACCCACCAAGAGCUCUGAGGGAAUGGCAAGAAUACGAGGAAGCAGUGAAGAAGAAGGACUUAGCUACUGCUCUAAGGUUCCUUAUAUCCAUUGAAAAAGACAAUAGCGACGACUCUGUUGAUGAAAAUGGUUCCUUAUCCACCCAGUCAGCUCGGUCACAAAUUGGCGAUCUGGGUUUUUUUGGUGGGUCUGUGAGGGAUUGGGAGGUCUUGGAUACCUGCCUUAAUGCUGAUGAUAUGAGACUUGUUGGCAUGGCUUAUGAGUUCCUUAAGGCCAAAGGUUUUUUACCCAAUUUCGGAAGAUUCAGUAGCAUCGUUUUGGAUGGUGCUAGGGAUAUUAGACCUUCUGUGUUGAAGUCUUCUACUGGCCUAGAAGCUUCUAAAUUUUCUCCAAAGAAGUGGGGUCUUUCCGGAAGCUCAAGUGUUGUAUUGGCUGGCUUUCUUGGUGGGGUGUCCUAUCUACUUCAACAAGGAAUUGAUAUCAGGCCUCAACUUGCAAUCAUACUAGGGCUAGCCUUCACAGACUCUAUCUUCCUUGGUGGUACCUGUUUAGCUCAAAUCUCUAGUUAUUGGCCUCCAUAUAGGCGUCGGAUUCUAGUUCAUGAAGCAGGGCAUCUGCUAGUAGCUUAUCUUAUGGGUUGCCCUAUUCGUGGAGUGAUUUUAGACCCAAUAGUUGCGAUGCAAAUGGGAAUUCAAGGGCAGGCUGGAACUCAGUUUUGGGAUGAAAACAUGAAUAAUGAAAUGGCAGAAGGACAAUUGAGUGGUUCCACAUUUGAUAGAUACUGCAUGGUACUUUUUGCUGGCACUGCAGCUGAAGCUCUUGUUUAUGGUGACGCUGAGGGUGGUGAGAAUGAUGAGAACUUGUUUAGAAGCAUCUCUGUUCUUCUUCAACCCCCACUCUCAGUAGCGCAGAUGUCAAAUCAAGCAAGGUGGUCAGUGCUACAGUCUUACAAUCUGCUUAAGUGGCAUAGACAUGCUCAUCGAGCAGCAUUCAAAGCUAUGGAAAACGGCGCUAGUCUUAGUGUCAUAAUUAGGAAAAUUGAGGAAGCCAUGUCUUCCAAUAGAUGAAGUAUGGAAGUUCCAAAUCUUCUGGUUUUAUGUUCACAUUCUUAUAGAGGUAAUAAUUUUGUAAUCUGUUUUUUCUAUUUUUUUGUUGACCACCACUUUGAAUAAUUGUAACAAAGGUAGAAUUUGAGAGAAAAACUCAUGUAUUUACUUAAAGGAAUAUCAUAAAUAUAUACUAGUUUACAAGAGUUUAA